AGUAAAGUAGAUUCGGGGGGGGUGGAGGAGGUGAAUGAGUCAAAGGGCGGACGCUUCGGGGCUCAUUGUCCUUCCCGCGGGCCAAAUCGUGUGAUCGGCGCCAGGACACGUUUAAUUGCUAAUUAGAGACACACACACACAGAGAGAGACACACACAGAGCGAGUUGUCGCUGCUGCUGCUGCGUUCGUGAGCGCUCCGGCUCAGAGCCGCUCUCGCCUCUCCGGCUGCGUCCGCACCGCCCCUCGCCGCCCGCGCAUCGAGAACCCCGCCCCACGCCGUCACGGCCUCAAACUCCUGCUGCUGCUGCUGCUGCUGCCUCCUCCUUGGUCGCAAUCCGUCCCUCCCCUCCCCCGAAACACCCUCGAGCGGCAGAGAAGGGCUCCAAGCUCGUGCGCUGCGGCUGUUGGGCUCAGUUGCCGGGAUGAAUGCGCGCUGAGAAGGAGAGAGAAGCAGAGAGGCAGGCAGGCAGGGAGGGAAGGAGGAGGAGGAGGAGGAGGGGGAAUACUCUUUGCGAUUCUUCUUUGCGCUUCCAUAGCCGUGGACUCCGGCACUCGGCGACGUUUCAGUUCGUGCCUUGGGGGUUUUUUGAGUUGCAUUCACACACGUGUGUUGGUAGCAGCAGCAGCAGCAUAGAGGGCAGGCUCUUACAGCAGCAGCAGCUGCUGCAUACGGGGGUGAGGUUGUUGUCAGCUGUAGUGGGAACGAAGGUGGUUCAAGUCGCGCGUGUUGGAUGUUGCUGGUCGCGGGGGCGCGCAGGAAGGCAGCUCGGUUCGGCUCGGCUUAGCUCGGCUCGGUUCGGCUCGGCUUGGCUCAGCUCGGUUCGGCUCGGCUUGGCUCAGCUCGGUUCGGCUUGGCUUGGCUCGGCUCGGCGAGCGAUCGAGCGCUUUGACGUGGAGGGGGGGGGGGGUGGGUCCGCGAGCGUCUGUGCGGCAAAGAGAACGCAAGGAGUUAGUGAAGUUUGACACUCGUUUAGAGAAGUUUCUCCCACCCCACCCCGCGUUGCUGCGCCGCGCUGUUUGGCACAAAGCGCAGCGUGAGACGGCGAGGGCUGCGGCGUGGCGAUUUCUCUGCAUUCUCUUGCCGAGAGAGGAGGAACAAGCUGGGGAGGGAGAGAGGAGAGGGGGGGGGAACGAGCAACUUUACUCAACGGCAGAACAAAGAGCUGCGCUCGGGAAGGAAGCCUCUAACUUGUUCCUUAUGACCGGGUUGUGGGCACUUGUUAGGGCAGCCUAUUAGCUCGGUAUCAAGCGAGCGGCACGCGGGGUCGAGUGGCGCGCUGACAACGAACGAGAGCACCGCAGCAACGCCAGCAAGCUCACACCAUGCGCUCUUCAGUGACAUUGGAGAGGUGGUGGUGGCGGCGGUGGUACUGAUACGGGGGGGGGGGGGGGGGUUCUGUGUUCGAGGCAGUCGAGGUUGGCGAUAGAAUCGGCAAUAGGACCGGCAGGCGUAAGACGAAGGGGAGCGGAGCGGACGCUUUGGGGUCACUCUGGCUGAAUUCCUAGGCGUUGUUGUUAUUGGGUCACCAACACUCCGACGACCUAAACGCGAUGGAGCGACUUCCGAAUGUCCUGGCGCUGUGGAUGCAUUUGGAAGUGUGGACCCUGCUCCUGGUUCUGGCUAAAGGCGAGAUCCGCUGCUACUGCGACGCGGCGCACUGCGUGCCCACGGGCUACAUGUGCAAGUCGGAGAUGUCCGUGUGCUUCCGCCGCGUGCUGGAGCCCACGGACCCGCGCUCGCCGCUCGCGCACGGCUGCAUCGAAGCCCUGUCGCCCUCCCCGCCGCACCCGUGUCACGCGCCGCGUCCCCGCAACCACACAGGCCGCUGGCCGGUCGUGCGUUGCUGCCAGGACGACAUGUGCAACUACAACGCGCUGCACGACCUGCUGCGGCCGCCCCGGGGAGACACAGCAGACCCCGUGAGCGGCGGGGGGCCCGGCCCGGAGGGCGCGGGACGCCCCGCCGUGUGGCGCUCCGCCUCCGCGUCGGCGUCGGCGGCGGCCGCGGCGGCCGCCUCGCAGGAGCUGUGGUUCCGCGCGGCCGUCAUCGCCGUGCCCAUCGCUGGCGCCGUCGUGCUGGCGCUGCUCGUGGCGCUGGCGCUGCGCAUGCUGCGGAGCGAGUCGCGGCACCGCCACCGGCAGAUGCUGGCGCGACUCCACUACGGCUUCCACGGCCCGCUGCCGGGACGCGCGUGCCCGUCGUCGGCGUCGUCCUCGACGGACGGGGGCCCCAAGUCGGCGGGCGACGCGGGCCAGCCGUGCUGCUGCUGCUGCUGCGUGGCGUGCGCAGAGGCGCCCAGGAAGCCCAAGGCGUGGUCGAUCGCGCGCUGGGGGCCGGGGUGCGCGGGCGGUGGCGGCGGCGGAGGAGGAGGGGGAGGAGGAGGAGGAGGGGGAGGAGGAGGAGGAGGAGAGAAGCUCGAGGGGAUGGAAGAGCGGCAGAAGUCGUCGUGGUCACUGGGACGAUGGGGAUCGAGCAGCGCCACCGAGAAGAUGGCGUUUGUGUGACCGGGGGAUUUUUUUUAUUUUGCAGAGUUAACGAGACAAGAGCGUGGGCAGAGGAUUUUUAAGGAACGGUGCAAUUGUUUUUCGAGAAGUUGAAGAGCGCUCAGACUUUCUUUAUGCGGAAAAGCACAACGACCUCCUUGUGUUACCUUUACUCGCAAGAUCGCAGAGAUGCGUUCAGGGUGUCCGUCGAGGUUCAAGGCAACGGUAAAAACCAGCGACAAUGAAAAAAUGUCUAGACUCUUGAAACGCUUUUCUUUAGUUUUCCCAAAACUGUUUUCUGUCUCGCUAUGUGGUUAUCGCUGCAGUGAGCUUAAACUUACAGCGCGCUUUGAUAGUGAAGCUACUUAGUUCAAGAACAUCGAACUCUCUCUGCCGACGACAGAACCAACGAACGGAAAGCGCGACGACGCGCCAUCCCAACAGCAUCCCCCGCGGGAACUUUCCCGUUGGUCAUUUUUCAAAAAAGGAGGGAAUCGCCAAUGUGCGCCACUGAUGACGCUUGCGAAGAAGUGAAGGAAACGGAACGAUGUCGGUGAGGAUUUGUUAAAUUAAAUUGCCGACGCACACUCUUGCUGGGUGUGUUAUCGGUGUCUUGUGUAAAUUUGUACAGAGUCUGCAUGGGACUUGUGUAGUGUGUCCAUAUUUUACACCGACUUGUGUGUCUAGCUUUCAUUAUUGUUGUUGUGAUUUUAUUAUUGUUAGAUUUUUUUUAUGAUGUUGCACACUAAUAUAGGUCUACUUAGAUCAAUGGGAUUUAUAGUAACGAGAAACUAUAUUGUCCUUAAAACCAGGGUAUUACGAAGCAUGGAGAAUUUCCAGCAUUAUGCCUUUUUACAUCAUCUUGGCAUAAUUGGUGCAGAGCGCUCUCUUUUAUGUACAUACAACUGUUUGGUUUCUGCUGUCAUUUUAAAAUAUAUUUUCCCUGUUGAACAGCUAAA